ACGACUCAUUGCGUCAUCAUAAAAUAUCUUAAGCUGUCAUUGUCGAAAGAGAGGGAGAUAUAAAAAAAGAGAGAGAGAGAGAGAGAGAGAGAGAGAGAAAGAGAGAGAGAGAAAGAGAGAGAGAGAGAGAGAGAGAGAGAGAGAGAAAAAGAUAGAAACUGCUCCGAUUCGCUUAAAGAUUCGCGACACGAUAAGUGAACAAUUAAAGAUGGACGACUAUAAAGGGCGAGUGCCAACGAUGCGACCUUUUCAAUUCUAAUCUCUACUUUCUAUGCUGAUUGAAACGUCUAUUUAUUCUACAUUGUCUACAUGUACACAUUUAUGAAAAUGUUUCACUAAAAGAGACAACGAUGAAAUGUAUUAACAAGCAAACACGUAUGUACUCGAAAAAAUGAAGUAUAAUCCAUUGAGUGAGAAAGAGAAAGAGAAAGAGAAAGAGAGAGAGAAAAUGUGUUAUCUAAAUACAUAUUAAAAAUAAAAUUAUAUCUUACGAUACUAAGAGGGAGCGGUACACAAAAAAGAAUAGCUUCUUCCGUUAAUGUCGUCAUCGACAGUACUAACUAUUCACAGGAAACAUUAUAUAUCACAUACAUAUAUACAUACGUAUAUACAUACAUACAUAUGCAAAUUGUAUACCUAAUUGAACAUUCACUAAGCUUUGCGAAAUAAACGUUGCUCGUUUCCAUAGACACGAGUAUAUAUAUGUAUAUAAGUAGUAACCGUUCAGUAAAUAGAAUAGCUCAGGCACUGUGGGUGUAUAUCCCAGAAUAAAGAAAAUGUUAAUAAAGAAAACUUUGAAGAAAGAACAUAAUAAUAUCAAAAGAAAUGAAACUUACUCACUUUCGAAGAGUUCCAGCGUUGGACCGAGAGCUCUGACAAUAUGUUCGACCUCUUCCGCGACGACAUUUUCGUCCGUUUCGUCCGUUCACGAUUGGUAUUUGCGUGGCGAGAAGAGAGCGGAGGGGGCACACGUGUGUACGCUCGCUCGCACGCGGGACACGACUCCUGUGCCGGUUCCCCCACUACUCCGCGCGCCCUUCUCACCUUCGAUCGUGAGUGAGACUGCGUGAUGGCGCUACGAUCGCACCUCAGGAUCGUAUAGCGACGAGGCAAGGCCUCGAACUAAACAAAUUUUUAUAUUCUUAAUUUCUAAUUUCCUUAACACGAUUUCAAGGUCACAGCUGUCCAAUUGUGAUAUUAAAUACGCACUUCAAUGCUUUUUGAUUGAUCUAAUCUCGCAUACACGUGGCACGUUUGCACAAAAGAAAGGUUUUUUAAGAUAACAUGCGCUGAAUCGAUUAAAAGCAGAGAAAGGCGUAAACAUAAAUGCUUGGUCGAAUUAUAUUGAUUUUAUGUUUAUGCGAAAUACCAUAAAUAAUAAUCUAUCAUGUGAUUACGUAUCCGCCCGAAUAUUCUUUUUCACUUGAUUUCUUCCUUAUCCACUCUUGACUAUGCUAUCUUUCACUACUUUAUUUCUUAUGUUUGAGCAAACACGAUUGUUUCUCUUUCAACAAGAAUGAUACGAUAAGCACAUACGAAAAAGCCAACAUAAGAAACGUGUUUUUGAUUAACGAAAUACAAUGCGGAGAUUUCGCCGUAAUCGAUCGUAAGAUACUGCGUCAUCUCGUAAUUUAAACAGGAACGUACCUAAGAUUUGUUGUACCCUCUCGCUUACACAUUUCAAAAAAAUAUAGAGCUAUAGACCAAUGAUUCUCAACCUUAUGCCCACAUUGAUAUACAAGAUUUUUAUUAAAUGGUUGAAAAACUCUAAUAAAAGAUACAGCAAUGAAUUAAUUUUUUAUUUAUUAACCUAGAAAUACACUCAGCUUUAUUUAUCUUGUAAAAGUAACCUCCCUUAGAGAUCCUCAUCAAUUAUUAAUUUAUUUUUAGCUCAAUAUCGAUAAUACAUCGCCUGACACAUAACCUUCCAAUAAACUUUCUUGCGUAUAGUCGUCAUUUCUUGGAAAAUAAUUCUUGAUGCGUGUUAAUGAAAUAAAAGAAUUUCUUCAUGUGUAACACCUAUAUAAAUAUUGUAUGUUUCAUAUAUCUCUACAGUUAUACCAUAUAUAGGUCAAAGUCAAUCAGAUAUGUACGAAUAUGUAUAUAUGUGUAUAUAUGUGUUGUAUAUAUAUACUGUGUACUUUUAUUUUACGUAAUAUAAUCAUAUAAAGUAUACAUAAAAGAUUCGAAAUUCAAUGUAUUAGUUAUAUUUAAAAUAUAAGUAGAAUGGAAGCCGCUAUUUCUAAUGUACUAAUAAAUAGUAAAACGAUCAUGAUUCUAUAUACAUACAUAUAUAUAUCGAUCGCAGAUUGUUAUUGAGUUUUAUGGAUCCAUUUGACCCUCUUCAUCUAUACUAUUUCAAAUAUUACUGCCGACAAACGUUAUUUUUGGAUAACCUUAAAAAAUUUUGGAUGUAAAUGUUAUCGAAUUCAUUAACAAGAUCCUACGCAGAAUGAAUCAAUCGGACCCAAUAGGAAAUUCAGAAAAGAAAUAUCAAUUCGUUUCUUCGCGUAACAGCAAACACAAAUUAAAAAAAGUAUUAUCUAACUCUUCUUACAUAUUGAGUGCUACUGACAAUGAAAGAUUAGAUAAUGAAAAUAUCAAUAAAUCGCAGAGACCAAAAAUCGUUUCUAAUCCUGGUACAUCAUCGGCAGAUACGAAUAAAACGAAUACAGGGACAAGUUUUAGCGGUAGAAGAUUAUGGGUGAAUAACAGUAAAAUUCUUGAAAGAUCCUCGAAUGUUCCCAUACAUGUAAAUAACACUAUUGAAGAAGAAAGCGAAUUCAUAAGUAUAGUGACGAAACAAUUGUACCUGGCCGAGUCACAGAUGCACAAGAUGCAGAAUCUUCUAUCUAAGGCGGAGGAAAGAUUGCAUGACAAAGAUCAGGAAAUCGAAAGAUUUAAACGGAAGGUGAAGGACUUGGAGAUCAAAUGCAAAAAUCAAGAAACCCUUACGAAGAAGGAACACCAACAACGAAAUAAUCAAAUUGACAAUUCGGAGUACCUUUACAAACGAUGUCUUAUACUCGAGCAUAAAAUCUUUGAGAUGGAGAAAUUCUUAGCCGAUUACGGAUUGAUCUGGGUCGGAGAUAAUGGCACCUCAACAUUAAAUACAGAAUACGCCAUUAAUUUCAGUAAUUUUAUUGAGUCUUGUUACGAACAACUUAUCGCAAACAUCGAUCGGUUAAACAUAGCCGCAGGAAAGGGAGAGGUCCACGUGCAUCAUAACGAAAAAGGUAGUGGAGCAAGUUUCAAGACACUGCCUUGUAUAUCCUUAAAAUUUUUCAAGAAUGGAAUGAUAGUACAAGAUAGUCCUUUGCGUCUUUACAAUGAUCCAAAAACAACUUCCUUCAUACGUGAUAUCCUCGAUGGUUAUUUCCCAUCUGAAUUACAAGAAGCCUAUCCAAAUGGAGUGCCUUUCAAAGUCGAAGAUCAUAGAUCGGAAGUAUACACAAACGAUGUUAAUGUUUUUCCUGGCCAGGGUCAUCGAUUAGGAAAGCAAACAUCUAAAGACGGAUCGAUUCGUUUUCGUAAUUCGAAAAUUUUGUCAAAUUCUUCUCGUCAAUGCAGUCCAAGAAUAAAAGAGAGUCCUUGCAACAUUGAGUUUGCUUCAUCUUUCGCUGCAAGAUCACUGAAAUCAAAAAAUUCUUCAGAUUCACAAUCUAUCGAUAUUCUUUCCUUAAGAUCUCAAAUUUUAGCCUCACACAAUAACGUCUGUUCGGAUUCUCAUCUUCAAUCUCACAUUAAUGCUGAGUUAGUUUUGAGCAGUCGUAAAGAGAAACGAGAUCUUGCUACAAAGAAUAUCGAGUAUGAUCUAUUGGUAAGAGAAAGGAAUUCUAAACUCAGAAAUGUUUCAAGAUUUCCAAGUAGCGGACGAAGUUAUCAACAUUAUUGUAACGAUAGAUUAUCGUCAAAGUUAUCACCAAUUCGUUUAGAGAAGAUCAACGAUCGAUCGCGAGCUCGAUCAAGAUCGGCAAGUAUAUCAAAUCGUCGAUUUAGCAGAUCGAAUGUUUCUAAAUCAAAAUCAUUAUCCGAAGACGAAGGUAAAAUUUCUGGUAAACCUUCGGUAGAAUCACCGAGAAAUCCUCGAAUUUCUAAAUCAGCAACACAUGCUAGCAAACCAGCUCCUCCUAUCUUACAUCAAAUCAACGAGCCCAGUGGAAAGUCCGGAGAGCUUCGUUUGAAGGUGAGGUCAUUGAAUGGCGGCACUAUUUAUCUCGUUCACUUAUCUGCAGACGAUUUCAUCGCUAAACUUUACGAACUAUUGAAUGAGGCUUUACCUGCAACUUGGCACAAAGGAUACAAGAUUCUCGUUAGUGGAUAUUCGCCAAAACGAUUAGAAGAAUUAGGAUCGUCCUUGAGAGAAAGUGGUAUUACACGGGACAGCGUGCUUCAUUUGGUAAAAGAUGGAUGAAAAUCAUUUAACUCACUUAAUUAACAUCCUUGAUUAAUACCAUUGUAUGACAAGUUAAUAUUAUUUUUUAAGGAGAACAGGUAAAAUAUCUAUUUCAUUCGUCAAAUUUGUUAAUCGAUUGACAUUUUAUAUAAAUGAUUAAAUAAAAGCAUUA